UGAAGUAACUUUCGCUCUAAUUGGCCGGAGCAAAAGCGGAGCCAAUGGCAGACGUGGUUGUUGCGAAGUCGGUAGCUGGGAAAAGGCGUCUGGGGCUAGGCCAACUCGAGGCGUCGGCACUUUGGGGAGUGGUCCUCAGCUCCGAUCUUCUGUACAGUCCAGUAAGGGUCUGACCAUCAGCCACAGCAAGGAUGCUCCUGGGGUUUCGGAGUGGACGCAAGAAGCAGUAUGUGUUAGGCAGCGUGCUAAGUACCAGAGUUCCAGGGUUGAUAAGAACAAGUAGGUUGCCUGCUCUCAGGAAGCUUCUGUUCUGCAGGAGGAGGCGGAAAUACAUCAUCCAUGGCCUUCUCCCUGCAGCCAGCAUUGCACCGAAGCCCGCUGUGCCCCGCACACCCCCUCCGCGCAGCCCCAACCCCUCUCCAGAGAGACCAAGAUCUGCUCUGGCCGCAGCCAUUCUAGCGACGACACUGACUGGCCGGACUGUUGCCAUUCCUCAGCCUCGCCGGAGAUCCCACUCUGAGAGCGACAUGACCUACAUGGAAAAGGACAGUUUGAUCGAGCCCUACGCCACUACCUCAGAGCUGAGGCAUCAACCGCACUGGCAGAAUGAAGCGGGAAGAAGAUCUUCUCUGCCAUCCUUUGAAAUGGUGGGCUAUGAGGAGGACGAGGACACUGACUCCUGCCAGUCAUCCAGCCGCAGGCAGUCCGGAGACGCCAGCGCUCAAAAGGAAGGGGGAAGUCUCAGCGACGCCAUGUAUGCCGCGCCACACAGAAACCAGGGUAGUUUGGGCAAACAUCUUCGUGCGAAGUGUGCACCCACCCAGAAAUGGCCUAGCAAAUGGAAAGCAAGUCUUGUUUUCAGCAGUUUUCUUGUUGGUGCCACAAAAAGUUCCAUCAUCACAUGGUGUGGACACUGAAGAUGAGCAAAGUAUUUCUGAACAAGAUGGGUUUCCAAGCUCACCUAUUCCACCAGAGAAUACACAAGAAAAAGUGCCUGAUGCAUCAUACUAUCAGUCAGAACUAAUCAGGAGACAGAAAGUACCUGUACAAGAUGGAAAACAUUCUGUUCUGAAAUUAAAGACACAGAACUCAUGGACAGAAAGGCGGGAAGAGAGCAGGAGUUGCCCUGCCGCUCAGAGAACUUGCCAAGAGGGGAAGACUGU